AGCGUGGGCUGCUGAUGGGUAGUUACCUAUAUAAGUCAAGGGGUUGGUUUACAUCUUCAGUUCAGUCCAAGCAGUUCUUGAAUAAACAUGAAGGCAGUGUCUGUUCUUAUCUUUCCUCUGCUAGUCUUACAAAGUUCUGGCCAUACCCUUGAAAGAAGAUCUCUUCUCAGCAGGGUUGGCAGAGAUGGUGACCAUCAUGUGCAUGCUCAUGGCGUUCAUAAUCAUCUACAUCAACAGCAGACUCUGAACAAUUCUCCCUUUACAAGCACUGGCUACCUGCCCCCUGUAGAAGAGGAUAAUGAAGAUUCUCUAUCCGGUUAUGUCUCAGUGGACAAGGAUACAGAUUCUCUAUCCGGAUAUGUCUCAGUGGACAAGGAUACAGAUUCUCUAUCCGGAUAUGUCUCAGUGGACAAGGAUACAGCUCGGAAAGUUCCAACUUUAGAGACUCAGUUUACUCCACCUAAGAAGAAUCAGGAUGUUGUUGCUUCUGAAGUCCAGAAGCCUCAGAGAAAAAAUGCUGGCAAAACUUCCCAGAAAUCCAAGAAUAGCAUUGCUGACAGUACCUCUCAAUCUGAUGUUGCACAAUAUGGAGCACCUCAAUCUAAUUUGUCAGGAGGAAAUUAUUAUGAUGCUACCAUUGAUGUGGGUACUGGAUAUGGAGCACCACUAUCGUCCAGAUCAUCUCAGAUAGGUUCUGAUGAUGACACCAUUGACAUUGCCUCUGGAUAUGGAGCACCCCUAUCUUCCAGAUCAUCUCAGAGAGGUUCUGAUGAUGAAACUGCUAACAUUGCCUCCGGAUAUGGAGCCCCUCAACCUUCCAGAACAUCUCUAAGAGGUUCUCAUGAUGACACCACUGAUAUUACCUCCAGAUAUGGAGCCCCUCAACCUUCCAAAACAUCUCUAAGAGGUUCUGAUGAUGACACCACUGACAUUGCCUCCGAAUAUGGAGCCCCUCAAUCUUCAAGAACAUCUCAAAGAGGUUCUGAUGAUGACACCACUAACAUUGACUCCGGAUAUGGAGCUCCUCAAUCAUCCAGAUCCCCUCAGAGAGGUGCUGGUGAUGAAUCUGCUAAUAUUGCCUCUGAAUAUGGAGCCCCUCAAUCUUCCAGAACAUCUCAAAGAGGUUCUGAGAAUACCACCAUUGACAUUGCCUCUGGAUAUGGAGCCCCUAAAUCUUCCAGAACAUCUCAAAUAGGUUCUGAGAAUACCACCACUGACAUUACCUCUGGAUAUGGAGCCCCUCAAUCUUCUGGAUCAUCUCAACAAAGUUCUGAUGAUGACACCACUGACAUUGCCUCUGGAUAUGGAGCCCCUCAAUAUUCUAGAUCAUCUCAAAGAGGUUCUAAUGAUGACACCACUGACAUUGCCUCUGGAUACGGAGCCCCUCAACCUUCCAGAUCAACUCUAAGAGAUUCUGAUGAAGACACCACUGAUAUUGCUUCUGGAUAUGGAGCCCCUCAAUCUUCCAGUUCAUCUCAGAGAGGUGCUGAUAAUGACACUGUUGACAUUGUCUCUGGAAAUAAAGUACCCAAAUCUUUCGGCUUAAAUCAAAGAGGUUCAAAUUCUGACACUGCUGAAGUAACUUCUGAAUAUGGAGCACCUAAAACUGGUGUUGUUAGAGAUUAUGCCACUACCACUGCUGAGGCUGCUUCUGGAUAUGGAGCACCCCAAUCUAAUGAAUUUCCCGAAGGAGACUACAAUGAUUACACAUCUGACAUUGAUACAGAAUAUGUAGAUUAUGGAGCUCCUCUAAGAGGUUCUGAUGUAACUCGUUCUGACAAUGCAUUUGGUGCAUCUAAGAAAGCUAGUGGAAUUAAAACUGGAAUCAAUGAUGCUGCUACAGGCAUUGCUUCAGAUGAAGAAGGACAGAAGAAAGGUUCUGCUUCAUCUAGAAAUACAAGCAAAUAUGGACCCCCAAUUGCUUCUGUAAAUCAAAGAGGGGUUGAGGAUACCACUUCUGACAUUGCUAAUGAAUAUGAUGCACUUGUUCUUGACUAUGCAACAUCACAAAAAAGUCUUGCAUCUGAGUAUGGUGCACCUGCUCAAGCAGAGAACACAUCUCGAAGAGGAUCUACAAUUUUGAAUACAGAAAAUGUUGCAGCAUAUGGAGUACCCUUGGAAGCAAGUGCCACUAAUCAUGGUAAUGAUGGAGCUACCUUAGCCACUCUUUAUGGAGCACCAUUAGAAGCUGACGAAUCACAAGAUAGAAGAAAAAGUGGUAAUUCCAGAUUUAAUGCAUCUUUUGAUGAAUCUGCCCUUAGAGGAUAUGACUCUAGUAAUGAAGGCCAUCUAGCUUCUUACUAUGCAGAAGAUGCUUCCAGUGAGGGAUCUGAAUCUGUAAAUGUAGAUAAUAUUGCUAGUUAUAGGAAUUCUGAUAGUUUUGCGGAUAACCAAGAUAACAUUCCAGUCAUCGUUGAACCCUUUACCAACAGUGUAGUUCCAGCACCAGGAUAUGAUGCUUCAUUAGUAGGAGGAAAACAAACUAGAUAUAACAACCAACAAGCUGAGAGCCUCUCAGGUUAUGAGGUUACAACCAUUAACGAUUCUGAAUACACAACAUCAAGUGAUCUCAGCGGUUACACCUCUGGGGAGUAUUGUAUUGAUUGUACUACUGAUAACACUGCUGAAUCCUCCACCCUGAAACAGUAUGCUGUCGAUAGUACUGAGGAGGCUGACAACAACAUCACUACGGAGAACGCUCUUGGACAGUACACCAAAUUUUCCAAUUCUCAUGAGAGAGAAGAAAAGUCGGUCUCUCAGUAUAAUGGUUCCCAGUUUCCCUUUCAGCUUGUUGCAAGCAAAGGGGAGAAACAGUGCCCUGGAGGCUCACUACAACAUUGUGUUGCAAUCUGUCCCGGAACCACAGCUAGGGUUUAUGGAGCUUGUGUUCUGAGCUGUGGCAACCGAUGUGCUUAGACUCAAAUGAGUAUUGCUAAUAGGUUUCUGUUCUAGUCUAAAUAACUUUUGCUUAAAAUAAAAAUAUUGCUUCUGAGUUUA